AUGCAAAGAAAUGGACAUAUUGAUAAUAAAAAGGUUUCAAUUAAGGUAGAUUGUUUGGAUAUAUUUUGGCUUGUAUAGUUUAAGAUUAAUCAUACUUAUUAUGGAUCUAUUUAUAGAAACGCUUCUGGAAUUCAAACCCAUCGAUUAAAAAUAUUUUCACAUUCUUUAGGUUAUUUGUUGCCAUCAUCAUUUUAUAACUUGAGUGAAAAUUAUGUAUUGAUUGCAUAUUUCAACAUUCCUAAAUAUCCAUUUCUUUUUCAACAAUAGGGAAUUAUUCGUAAAUAUCUAUGUAAUUUACUUAGAGAUGACACAGCAGGAUGGGGAAUGGGUUAGGUUGAUAUUUACUCUGGAUAUUGCUGUAGAGAUUGUUAGUUGUGUGAAGUAUCAUUUAAAUGUAAGUCUUGUAAAAAAGGGUACUAUUUAUGUCAAGAUGAUACUUGUAUAUCAAGAUGCUCAUCUCCAUAAAAGAAAUUAGAUGGUUCUUAUUGUUAGGAUUACGAUAAGGAAACACCUUGUAAUAGAUAUUAUAAUUUAUAGACUCUUAAUAUUUGAUUAAAGAAUAUGAGGGUAGACUUCGAUCCUGGGUAGUAUGCAUAAUAUACUUUAAUUUCUCAAAAUGGAACAAACUUUUUAAAAGGAUCAGAUAUCUAUUAUUCAUUUUUGCUUGGAAGAAGAGUUUUUGGAGGACCAUUUGUAUGGGCUUAAGCAAAAUUCUUAAGGAUUCAUAACAUAAUAUCUCCACAUUUUAGCGUCACUAUUACAUUUUACAUUGUGUACGGAUCAUCUUUCCCUUCAGAUGGCUAGUUUAUAUAUACAAUAGAGAAUAACAUUACAGUUUCUAAAUUUAUUACAAACACUACUUUAUCUAAUACUGAUGAAACAAAAUAAGAUAGAACAGACGAAAGAAUUCAUCGUAACACAAGUUUAUUAACGAUCACUUGGGAAUGCUAUGGUCCAAAUAAUGAACCAGUUCAAGGGUUUGCGGAUUCCACACUUAUUAUAUUAUUGUUCAUGAUUGCUAGCCUUAUUGUUUAGAAUGUUCAGAUGCUACUACAUGUACUUUAUGGAACAGCACAUAUGAUUCUAGUUUCAUUAAAUUUUCUCAAGCAGAAUGUUUGA